CUGCCACUCUCCGCCCCUAUCUGAGUGCCGUGCGGGCCACGCUGCAGGCUGCCCUCUGCCUGGAGAACUUCUCCUCCCAGGUUGUGGAACGACACAACAAGCCGGAAGUGGAAGUCAGUCCUUGCCAAUGAAAUAGGAAUCAGAGUCAUUUUACAGAUGAGAAAAUUGAGAUUCCAACAGGGUAACUUGCCCAGGAAAGUAACAGAGGAGGCUGGAUUUCAAAACCUUUUUGCCCUGACUUCAGAGACUGUGCUCUUUCUGCUGAAGAACACACUGGUCCCCAUCUUGGAGCACCCCUGCUUGAGUAGCAAAGAACUCCUGUUACAACCUGUGACGAUCAGCAGGAAUGAGAAGGAAAAGGUUCUGAUUGAGGGCUCCAUCAACUCUGUCCGGGUCAGCAUUGCUGUGAAACAGGCUGAUGAGAUCGAGAAGAUUUUAUGCCACAAAUUCAUGCGCUUCAUGAUGAUGCGAGCAGAAAACUUCUUCAUCCUUCGAAGGAAGCCUGUGGAGGGGUAUGACAUCAGCUUUCUGAUCACCAACUUCCACACAGAGCAGAUGUACAAACACAAGUUGGUGGACUUUGUGAUCCACUUCAUGGAGGAGAUUGACAAGGAGAUCAGUGAGAUGAAGCUGUCAGUCAAUGCCCGUGCCCGCAUUGUGGCUGAGGAGUUCCUUAAGAAUUUUUAAACCAUCUGGCUGGAUCUUGUGGCCUUCCCCCUCAGACUCCCCAUGUCUCCAUGAAGGCGUCCUGGAGUCACUCCCUAGAACAGCAGCGGCGGCAGCAGGGAGCUGGGUUCGGGUGGGCAUUUGAUAUGGGAGGUGGGGGGUGUGCUUGCUAGCUGGGCAAGAAAGCAGCAGUGGACCUGCCCCAAGGCCACACGUGCCUGGCCAGGCUGGCUGCUGAUGUUCAGUCCCCUGGGCCGGGACAGAUUUUUUUUAAUGUCUUGAGACUUAAACUCUGUGCUUAGAGGAGACUGUAACCUUUUUGUCUUUUUUUUUUUUUUUUUUUUUUUUAAACAAACAACUUCCACCUCCAGUAGCUGUGACUGGUCCCAGUGAUUGUCCCUUAUUGGUUGCUGUGGGUCUGGGCGGGCCUGGAGCCCAGAAGGCGACUAUUUUUCCUCUCCUAUGCCAUCCCAUGUGGGGAGGGAGGGAGGUUUCAGAUUCCAGUUCCUCUCCCUUGCUCUUUUAUUCCGAAGCCUCCUUGGGCCCAGUAUAAGUGGUGGGAACCCUCUGCUAGCUUCCUGAGUUCUGCCUGAAGAUGGCCACCCAGCAUUGGUUGGGGACAAGGGCCAAAUUGGUGACCACCAGUCAUGCCUAGGACCUGGGGCCCAAAAGCCAGGCAACCUCUGGCUAUAGGGGCCAUUGGGUACCCUCCCAGUUGAGAGGGGCCCCUGUUUCGCCUUGUCUGUCAGUGCAGUGCCUGCCAUAGGUGGCGAGGUGAGUCCUCCUCCAGAGCUUCCCAGCCGGGUCCUCCCCCUGCCUGCUCUGGCUCCUCUGCUCCCACGCUGGCUGUCCUUUUUCUAAUUCUGGUGGAUCCUCCCUCCCCUAAUUAAAGUCUCUUUUUGCCCCUUUGGGGCUGCAUGAGGUC